CCAGCCACCACGGCAUGUCAUGGUUAUCUUCUUCCAUCGCACUCUCUUUCUUUCUUAUUCUGUUCUCUCAAAUUCCUUUGCAACAUGUCAUUCAGACUCGGACACGCCCUUGACAUCGUGGUGUGCAUCGUGUACAAGCCGGAUAAAGCCACGAGGCUGCUCGAUGCCCAUUUGAAGGAUCUGGCCAUGGAGAUGCGUAAAGAUUUAGAUGCGAUGAAGAUGCCUCAUCCGCCGGAAGCCAAUAUACGGCCACCGACACUAGAAGGGAUAGUUUUCUCGUGGACGACGAGAAAAUAUUCUCCGUUAUACAAUAUCAUUCAUCAGACCGCAGAUCAUCAAGACGAUGACAUGAUGGAGUACAAAAAGACGAAGGACCUUUGUUCCAUCGAUAAGAUAAUUGUUUCUGAGGGGCCUCCAACAGACUUUGAAAAACUGUCAAAGCCAUCUACUGGAAAACGCGUUUUGGAUUUGCGAUUUCCCCGUUCUCAGUCUGACACCACGCAGACAAGAAGUUCAGCAGAUCAGCGGCGCGAAUCCCUAGCGAGCAAUUUUGAUCAGCGCGUAAAGGAGUACGAGGACGCGUGUCGUGCUGUUACAGUUGCAGCUAACCAAGAGUCUAUGCCGCGAUCCCAGUCGACUUCCCAAGAACCUGCUGUUAGGAAGCCACCUGCACCCGUCACUUUCGUGCCUGCAUCAAAGACUUCAACGGACCAAUUCUUGGCAUUCUUUCCUGAUGCUGUGAGGGCCGCUCCCACCGAGCCACCACCCAAAGACCCGGCGCCGCCUCCAGAAAAUGAACAGGUGUCAAGUCUCAUGAGGGAGUACUGGGAUACGCGCAGAAAGAUGACUGCUAUCAUUGCUCAAGCGGAGAUGGUCGAGGAGCGUCUCGAGAGGAUGGGCGUCAUACAACCCUUGGGGAAACGGUCUACAGCAGAUCUUCCGAAGCUUCUCGCGAAAGCACAGCUGGAUCUUCUUCGAGAGCGGGCAGAGAGAAGUCAUAUGGCGAACGUGCUCGAGGAUGUAGAGCGGGAGUGCAAGUCUCCUGUCAUUGUGCCAGAGUUGCUUAGAGCUGUGAUACAUUCGAUUGUUUGAAUGUAAAUCUAUGUAUGCUGUUAUACAGUGUAUUCUGUGAACGGAGUUGGAUAUUUUCCGAGU